UAGUUUGGGUGGUGCCCGAAGUCAGUUUGGUGGAGUUGAUAUCAAUAAGCAGAUAAUGACAGAUAGUGGUCAGUUUGUGUCAAAACAACGCUACAACUAACUGUUUUUCUUACUCGGAUGCAUUCUGUAACAGAAAAUCGAAGCAACUCCAAGAUUUUUGAUUGACGAAUGUGUGCGACGUCUCCCACCUGACGAAAAUCUUGAGCCCUGGCCAAUAACUCACCUGUCACAGCGGAAAUUGACAACAACGAUCAAAACGAAAAUGUGGAACCCUGAGGACACUCACAAAGUCACAGAAGCAAUAUAUAAGAAUAUCACCAGCAAUUUCAAUAAUGGAGUGCGCCAGAUUUUAACAGCUGGAAAAGCCUACCACAAGGCACUUGUUGGAAUGACGUCAUCAGCUCACUCGUUUAUUGAGGCAAUCGGCAAAGUGGGCUAUGCCUGUCAGGUGAACGGCCAAGGGGGCACAGAUGAAAUAGGUGGCGCUAUCCUGAAGCUGGCAGACAUACAGAAAGAGAUGUAUGCCAAAGUAGAGGAGUGUACAAAGGCUCUGUUUUCUGAGGUGAUUCUGCCCCUGGAACACCGACUGGAGAAUGACUUCAAGCAUGCCUAUGCCGAGCACAAGAAGUACCAGCACGGACACAAGGGCUACAUCGGCCCCUACAUCAAGGCACAGGAAGCACUCAAGAAGUUCAGGAAGAAAAGCAAAUCCAAAUUUACAUUUGAUGACUCUAAGGAAGCACAGUAUAUGCGAGCUGUUGCCAAAUGCCAGGAAAAACUGACUGAGUUCAGAACACAGGGCCUGAAGCUUGCUCUCCUGGAGGAACGCAAGUGUUACUGCUACCUGCUGGAGAGACUGACCGCCAUGGCCUCUGUACAGACCUCCUACACCAAGAAGGGUUAUGAGAUGUUGGCGUCAGAAAUAUCCCACUGGAAACAACUGUGUUCACAGCCUCAUAUUCUGCCGCGAUCAGCUGAUCCACUCGUCAACAGACGGGAGCAGAGACGCGAGGUGAUGGAGAACUCCCAGAAGCACCAGAACGGCAUGGUGUAUCCCGGGGACAGCCACUACGGCAGCCCCUACCACCGCCCUGCGUCCACCACUGAGUACAUGCGGCAGAAGUCGGCGCCGUCCGAGUAUGCUGUGCCUGCUGCCAUGCCUGUAGAGAGCAAGACGUUGCCCCGUGGCCUCCCAUCGAUGACCCAGAGUUCCCCUGCCACAUCCAACGUGCAGGCGAUCUACGCCCACACCGGCCGAGGGGAGGAACAGCUUAGCUUCAGUGACGGGGACGUCCUCACGCUCAUUGGGGAGAAGGCCGACGGAUGGCAGUACGGCCUUAAUGCUCACACUGGAAAGUUUGGUUGGUUCCCUCUCUCCUUCACUGACGCUGUCGGAAGCAGUCGCCACACGGACCACUCUCAACUCCUACACCGAGCAAAGAGUAUCGGAGACCUGCUGGACUCCCGGUCACAAAUCUCCGACAUCAGCAUCAGCUACGAAGUGGACAUGCCUGGUCGGAGCCGGCGCCCGCGGUCUCUGUACGAGAGCUCCAUGGUCCGGCACAUCACACCGACAUCCCAGCCCUCUAUGCCCACCACCUCGUCUAUGUCACCAUGGUCGAGUCACCUGUACCACACAACCAGUGGUGACUUUGCCCCUCACAUGCUGUCCUAUGGGGGGAUAGGGUCCGACACGUCCUCUGCUCGAGCUAGCUCUGGCUUUCAUACCCUUCCUCGACCUUCACCCCAGGUUGACAUGGGUUCCCAGGAGCUGUACCAGACCCUGCCUGACCCCUACUAUGACCCCAAGAUUCUGACCAGUCAGGGUGAAGUCCACACACUGCCCCGUCAGCAUGACCACCACUACCAGACAGGGCUCCAUCAGCAGAUGGCACAGGCUCCGCAAGCUCCACAGGCUCCUCCCCCACCUCCGCCACCGCUCACAAGCCAGCAACAACAUUGGUCCGGGAACACCUCCCCUGGGUUCCCACCACCUCCACCACCGACUGACUACAAUGUCGAAGAGGAAGACCCACGCAACAGGAAUCCUAUGUUUGCGAAUGUGGCUUUGCGUAAAACACUAACCAACGAUCGAUCUGCACCACGCCUGAAAUGAUCAAUCAUCAUGUGACUCGACUGCAACCACGAGCCAUCCUGACAAUCCUUACUUAGAUAAACAACAGAAUAUCUAGUGUUUCAGUGUAAAGCUGCGAUAGAGAAUAUCAAUACAAUUAUUAAUGGAAUAUUCAGUCUGUACAAAAAAUUUUUUUUAAGUCAACUGUGUUUUUGUACAUUCUGCAUUCAAAUUUACAAGUGUUGCUCAGUAGUAAGAUAAGUUAACAAUCUGUGACUUGAGCCACUAGUCCAGUAAAGUUUAUGUUAGUCUUGUUAUCUUAGCUUAUUACUACCCUUGUAUGCAGCAACGUCCACUCCAAAAAUUCAGGACGAGUUGAUGCAAACGUUUCUAGCACAGACUGAGUUCCUAUUUUGAGGUACGAUACGUUGCGCUUAGUUUCAAGUAUACCCAUGGAGCAUGUAUCUUGUGAUGCAGAUGAUCAACAUAUUUUUUUAAAUCUUUAAAAAAUCAACAACUUUGUACUCUGGCAAUGUCUUAUGAAAUUGAAAUUGGCACGUCCAGGUGGUCUAUUUUUGUAAUGUGUAAAAUAAUGCUAGUCAAGUGAGAAUUGUCGUUUGUUACAAGGCAGACAUUAAAUUUAUCCUGUGUAGUUGUUUGCUCAUGUGUAAAUAGCUGCAGGAAUCAUAUCUCUAUGCUGUUCCCUAUAAUAGAUUUUGAUAUUGUCUUGUUGCUACACAGAGCUAUGGGCAUUCCAACACUAUGGGUCAGCUCAUAGCUCUGUAGCAACAAGUGAAAUUCAAAAUCACUUACAGGUGGCAAAUCAGAGAUGAGGUUACUGUAAAGAGGAUGAGAUCCAAGACUUGCUUAUUACUAUUGCCAAAGAUCACAUCAGUUCUAUCAUGUUAUGACUAGAUGUGCCUGAGAUCAAAGACUUGUGUAUUACUAUUGCCAAAGGUCACAUCAGUUCUAUCAUGUUAUGACUAGAUGUGCCUGAGAUCCAAGACUUGCGUAUUACUAUUGCCAAAGGUCACAUCAGUUCUAUCAUGUUAUGACUAGAUGUGCCUGAGAUCAAAGACUUGUGUAUUACUAUUGCCAAA